GUUUUCUGUUGUGUUCGGUAGGAGUCAUCUUUCCGUUGAUUUGAUAGAAGAUGCUCCUCUCCUGGAAUCUGCUGGCCACUGUGCCUUUGGUCCUUCUGUCUACCUCGGCCUCGGCUCUACCACAAGCUGGCGGUGUAGCGACUCCAUCCGUCAACUCGACCACCUGUAAUGGCAAGACAUAUGUGUAUAACGAGCUUGCUGGUUACGGUUUCGUUCCCAACAAUGCUCGAGACAAGCUGGGAGAUACUAUUGGGGGCAUUGGCUCCUCGAUUGCUGUGGCAUCAUGGGUUCGUCUUCCGAAUAACUCAUAUACUGGCCAGCUGUAUGCAUUGCCCGAUCGUGGCUGGAACACAGAAGGCACUCUCAACUACCAGAACCGCAUUCAGAAGUUUUCGAUUAUAUUCACGCCUAACGCUUCUGCCACUGUUGCCGAUCCAUCGCCACCAAAUCUCCAAUUCACGUACCUCGACACCAUUCUUCUCACUGAUCCCGCUGGAAACCCCACUUCCGGCCUCGAUGGUGCUCUGACGGGACCGUAUUUGACAUUUCCCGGCUACGAAUUCCCGUUCCCAUCUGCCAACUACACCGGAGAUGGAUUCGGAGGCGCAGGCACGGGGGGCAAUCGACUAGUAAUUGACUCCGAAGGUCUCGUUCUCGGGCACGAUGGAACCUUCUGGGUCUCAGACGAAUACGGCGACUACAUUUACAACUUCAGCCCAUCCGGAAACAUGAUCAAUGCCAUCCGGCCCCCAUUAGCCUACAUUCCCCACCGCAACUCCAACGAAUCCUUCUCCGCAGAUUCCGCACCCAGCUACAAUCCCUCUCUCCGUCCCACGCCUCGCGAUCCCACCACCGGCCGAGCCAACAAUCAAGGUCUCGAAGGCCUCACCAGUAAUCCUCAAGGCACAAAACUCUAUGCCCUUACCCAAUCUGCUUUGCAGCAAGACAGCGGUUCCAAAAACCCUUCAACUGCCAAUUCUCGUUUUCUCGUCUACGACAUUUCUGAUUCUUCUCAUCCUCCUCUUCUCGAAGCCGAAUACGUCAUCCAUCUACCCAACACCCUCCCCUCAACCCCUUCCUCCCGAAUCGCCCGCCAAAGCGAAAUCCACUAUAUUUCCCCCACACAAUUCCUCGUCCUCGCCCGCGACUCCGGAGCAGGAAGAGGUCAAGGAACGAGUACCACAAGCAUUUAUCGCCACGUCGAUGUGUUUGAUAUUUCCUCCGCUACCAACAUUGCUGGAUCUUUUUAUGAUGAUACGACGGGAUCCAUCGCUCCAGGAGGUAGUCUUUUGGAGAAUGUGACGGCGGCGGAAUAUUGUUCUUGGUUGGAUUAUAAUGUGAAUUCGCAGUUGGAGCGGUUUGGGGUGAGGAAUGGGGGGGAACAGAGUCAGGGGUUGUUGAAUGAGAAGUGGGAGAGUUUGGCUGUUGUUCCUGUUUUGAAGGAAACGACCACGGAGGCGAAGACGGAGACGAAGAGGACCACAGGGGAAGAUGAUAACGAAGGGGAAUUUUUUGUGUUAUCAUUUUCGGAUAAUGAUUUUAUUACGCAGGAUGGAUAUUUGAAAAAUGGAGAGUUUCGCUAUCAGGAUGGGAGUGGGUAUAGUUUGGAAAAUCAGGCGUUGUUGUUUAGGGUGCAGUUGCCUGUGGAGGAGGGACCUUUGGUUGGGUAG